UAUAAUAUCCACCGUUUAGCGUGUUAUGUGCACGUUCUAACAAUAUUUUCAUGAAAUUCAAACCGUUAAAUUUGUUGAAUUUUGUUUCAACUUAGGUUUUGAUUUCGUACCACAGUCGUAUAAGAGAGAUUUUUAGUUAUUUGAUUAUGGCUGAUGUUGUGUGAGGGAGGAGGUGGAAGUGGUGUAUGAAGCCGGAUAUGCAGGGAGAUGUUUUGGCUGUUCAUCGGGGAGAUAGAAAUCGAGAUGAUAUAUUAGGAGGAUACCCGAAGAAGAAGACGGAUGUUGAAGAUUUUAGGGAUGGAGAUGAAAAUGGAUGGACAACUUUGAGUAGUAGGAAUACGUUGGACAUGGUUAAGGAAGGUAGGUUGUUGAAUGGAGAGGAAUUGAAUACAGCUUGCGAGGAGAAGGUAUCGAUAAGUAGAGACGAAUUGGAAAGGGUAAAUAGGGAUGAUGAACUAGCUGUGUUGGAGAGGGAUGACAAGGUUGAAAAAAUGGAUGCAGAAGUGGCAAAUGGUCAAGCUAAAGACGAUGAAGUUAGUCAUCUGAAGGUGGGUGGAACCGAAGAAGAUUCAGGAACAUGUAAUAGAUGUGAAGAUAGGGAUGAGAACAGAUUGUUGGAAAGGGAUGGUGAAGAUGAUGAACCGCAGAGUCCAAGAUGCGAGACCCAAGUUAAUGACACAUGUAUUAGAAAGAUGGAAAUGAGAGAAGUUAUAGGAGAGCAAGACUCUUCGCCAUGUACUGCAGAUGCAGUUAAAGCAGCUGGAGAGACAUAUCAAAACGUAUACUUCAAUGGACCAGUCUUACCGCAGUCACCGACACAAGGACAUAGGCGCAGCCAAAGUGAGAUAGGGACUCCUGGACACAGACGCACAAACAGUUUCCAGAGAUUGAAAACACAAAUGCAAAAGGCUUGGCGUGGGGUCAGCAAUCUGCGUGAGGAUAACCGUCCCACUUUCAAUCCUGAGGUCUUAGCAAACCAAAAAAGACAGUGGUACCAGCUCCACUCUUCAAAAGCUCUGGAUCAAACAAAAUUAAAGGAGCCAACGUCACUAUUUGAACAUUUUAUCAUCGUGGGGCUUCAUCCGGAAACGAAUUUGAGGCCAGUGGAAGAGGCUUUCCGUAGAAGAAAGAAAUGGGAGAUGGAGAUGUCAAGGUAUGAAGUGGCAGACUACAGAAUACUCCGUCACCGUGGGCCUCAAUUUCCUAUAUUGGAGCCACAGAUUCUUUUUAAAUACCCUCCUGGAAAGAAGGUGGCAAUGCGUCCAAAGGAUCUAGCAACUUUCUGCUUUCCUGGUGGUGUCAAGGCACGACUUUUGGAGAGGACCCCAUCUCUCAGUGAUCUAAAUGAGCUUGUGUAUGGACAGGAACAUUUAGGCACAGAUGAUUCAUCGUUCAUAUUUUCGUUCAAGGUAGCAGAUGAUGCGACAUUGUAUGGUGUUUGCUUACAUGUCUCGGAGAUUGUUCAGAGACCUCCUGGUGUAUUAAGCACUGCGUCACCCUUGCAUUCAUCUGGAGGAGGCAGUCGUUUUUUGGUUUCUGCACCUCGAUGUUACUGCUUGCUGACCAGAGUUCCUUUUUUUGAACUACACUUUGAGAUGUUAAACAGUAUGAUUGCACAGGAGCGUCUAAAACGGAUAACCGAAUUUGUUAGUGAGAUGUCUCUUGCUGCUGCUUGCUAUCGUCCAUCAUUAUCUAGGACGAAUGAUCAAAUUGAUAGCCGUGUUUCAUCACCUCGUAGCAACCCUGAUGAUUGGAUGGCUUCUGCAAUACCUGUUGAUGGAGUCAUGGCACUUACAGCCGCGGCUGCGGGAUUGAUCACUGAUAGUGACAUUGCGAAUUUUGCAGAACCUCAAUCUCCAGAUAGUGUUGUCACCAGUGAUGCUUCAGAUGUAAGCCAGAUCAAGGAAAUAGAAAGAGAUGGGAGAAAAGUUUUCCAUUGUUACGAUGAAAAUUCUCCUGAAGUAUUUGAGAACCACUUGGAUACCCCCGAAAGAACAUCCCAUAGCUAUGACAAUGGCCACACUUCACCAGAAGUUUCAUGUACUGAUCCUAGGACCCAACCGAUAGAGCGUAAUGAAAGCUGUGAGUCUGUGUUCAGUUCAGCUAGAAGUGUGUUGUCAGAUGAGAUUGAUGAUUUAUCGAAUAGCGAAAAUGAUUUCGGAGAUGAUUUAAUACUGGAAUGGGCUAAGGACCACAACAAUGAUUCGUUACAAUUAGUUUGCGGCUACCAUUCAUUGGCAAUUCCUUCCCGUGGAAGUGAAGUAGUUUUCCACCCCCUGGAACAUUUACAAUCAAUCGCGUAUACCCGUCCUCCAGUUUCAGCUCUAGGAUUGUCAGAAGAAUAUAUUUGCUCUUCUGAUUCUUCCGAGAUAAAUGCAAGGUUGACAGCUGCUGAGGAGGCCAUGGGUCUCUCAAUGUGGACAACGGCAACAGUUUGUCGUAUUCUCUCUCUUGAAACUAUUAUGUCACUUCUUGCUGGAGUAUUAUUAGAGAAGCAAAUUGUAGUAAUCUGCCCAAAUCUGGGUGUUUUGUCAGCAAUAGUACUGUCUCUUGUCCCAAUGAUUCGGCCAUUUCAGUGGCAGAGUUUAUUGCUUCCGGUUCUGCCUGGAAGGAUGUUUGAUUUCCUUGAGGCACCAGUUCCCUUCCUUGUCGGUAUACACAGUAAACCUAUUGAUUGGAAGGUCAAAACGUCUAAUCUUAUUCUAGUUAACAUCCUCAACAAUCAGGUGAAAAUAUGUAACAUGCCAGCAUUGCCUCAGUGUAGAGAACUUAUGGCUCAGUUGGCUCCAAUCCAUGCAACAUUGGCUCAUCAGAGCUCGACAGCUAGAAGACACCCGGUUUAUAAAUGCAAUGAAGUGCAAGCAGAAGCUGCGACUAAAUUCUUGAGAGUAAUGAGAGAUUACAUGGAGUCUCUUUGCUCAGAUUUACACUCUCACACCAUAACAAGUGUUCAAUCCAAUAGCGACAGGGUUUCUCUACUUCUAAAGGACAGUUUUAUCGAUUCAUUUCCUGGUAGAGAUCGACCCUUCAUUAAGUUAUUUGUAGACACACAACUGUUUAGUGUUUUAUCAGACUCGCGACUAUCGAGCUUUGAGAACGGGCGUCUCUGAAGCUCAUUUUGUCAUCAACUUAUAC